UCACCGGCCGGGGCGGCUAUAGGCUGCGGGCGGCGCUCCCCGAAGCGGCGGCGGCUCCGCUCUGCGCCCUCACUCCGCGCUGCCGCAGCCCCCAGCGCCCGCGGCGCCCGGGCGCUCCCUCGCUGCGUCCGCCGGUGCAGGUUGCUCUGGCACUCUAGAGCGUGAGGCUGAGCCGGCGACAUCCCGAGCAUUUCCAGCAAGCCCCCGCCAGCAUCCCGGCACCGACUGAAAUUCAGGCAUCUUCAGAGAGGGGAGGAAGAUCCUCAUCUUCCGAAGCCUCCUCAAUGAGUGCCAAGCUCUCAAAGGAGUUGAGGCUGCCCCUGCCACCGUGUCUCCUGAACAAGACAUCAGCCACCUCCAACACCAGCAGCACCUGCAUCACACAAGUGGGUCAACUCUUCCAGUCCUUCUCAUCCACUGUGGUUUUAAUUGUCCUGGUCACCCUCAUCUUCUGCCUGAUCCUCCUCUCCCUUACCACCUUCCACAUUCACAAAAGGAAGAUGAAGAAGCGGAAAAUGCAAAAGGCUCAGGAGGAGUAUGAACGGGACCACUGCACCCGCAGCAGCAAUAGCAGCAGUCAGCAUACUGGGAUGGGAGUGCAGGGAGAGGCACCCCAAGGAAGAGACAGCCGUCUGGGAAGACCCUCCCAGGACUGGGAGAUCAAGCGCCCUUCUCCCUCGACAGCCUCGAGCUCUCAGCCCACACGGGCUUGUUUGGACACUGCUGGUGAGGGGCUCCUGCAGACGGUGAUUUUGUCAUGAUGGUUUGGGGGAGAGCGUGCAAAGGCAUUGUUUGAUGUUUGUAAAUACCCGAGUGAUUAUUCUAGUCCCUGAAGAAGAAGAAAACAUUGCUAAUUCAAAUGAAUGAACAAGCCCAUGAUCCCAGCGCAUGACAGAUCACUUUGCGUUUCUCAUUGACUCUGCAAGGAAAGGAUGCAUCUUUUUACUGGAGAAGGAGCUGCACAAAUAUCAAGUCAUCUACCUGGACCAGAGGGUCAGGGAUGAGGGGAUCCUUUUUCCCUGGACAUCAUUACCCUGAGGACAGGGAUGAUCCCACUCUCUCGAGAUUCCCGUUGCACCCUUUGUCACCAUUGCAUGGUGUGGGUUGGGGUGUGGGUGAGUGGUGUGAGGAGAGAGACAGGUCUGGUGGGUAUCUUGGCACUCUCUGGCCCCUUGGAGCAGGAUGACAGUCCACCCUGGUCUCUCCUUUUGUGGUAGGACCUAUGCCUUUGUCCUACCCCACUCACUCCUUUCCAAGACUGAUUAUUUUGUGCCAAAAUCAUCACCCCUAGUUGGGCUUAACUGCAAAUGCCCAACUUACCCUAUCACACUGUGCUCCCCAACUGCAGCACUGAGCAUCCCGUGGUCUAGGGAGAAAGGAGCCAGCUGUCUGCACAGAACAAUGCCUCAGCUUUCCUCUCCCCUAAGCUCCCUUCAUCUUCAAAUGCCAACCCCCCCAUCCCCAUCCCCAUGACAUGAAACCCAAACCCUGUCGUGUUUUGUGUGGAAGGGCAAGGUGAUGUGCAGUAACUUGCCCAUCCUCUCUCAGGGGAGGUUGUCCUUGUACCUCCUUUUGGUCCUGAAACAAAUCCAGUUCUGCACCAGGCACCCCGCACUGAAUGCCUGCGUUUACAGCUUUGCCUCCCAGCAAGGAAUUCUGCAGCAGUACAGAGCUGGCUUCUACUUUUUUUUAGGCUGAUAAAUAUUUUUAACCCUUCUAAUCCAGUAGACAGUUAGGGACAGACAAUGCUUAUUUCCCCCCCUUUCUUCUCUUUGGAAGAAACCACGCAGUUGUGCAAAAUGUCUGCUCCUAAACCUUGGCAAAUAUUUUUUCAGAAGUGGCUGGUGUAGUAUCGCCCUAGCAAGCACCAGGAGUGUUUUGACUGAGGAUGGUAGGUGUGAGUGGCUGCUAGUAGUGAGUGUGUUGGGGGAAGCAGUGUCAAGUACAGAAAUUGCAGCUUUGCUCGGUGAUAGAAUCAGUGACCAGUACUUGAAGGUGUUGUAACAGAGUGCCGUAUCGAAACUUUGAAACAUCUUGUGUGGUGUCAGAGCAGAGGCAGCUCUUUACUGUGCAUAGAAACAUAAAAAAAAAUACA